UUAUGGCCUUAUUUAAAAUGUGUAUAUUGACAAUAUAUGCGUUGAUGUUAACAACAACAACAAAAAACCCUAAAAAAAAUCAGUCAAGAAAUGACCAAGUGAUAAAUUAAUUGGAAUGUUAAUGUAAAGCCUACUAUCGGAACGUCAACCUUUCCAACAUGGCCGCUAAGUAGGCACGUUAUUUACUAGUACUGCUACACGACUCGCAUGUCUUGCGUUAAUAUUUGGAUUUUGCUUCUUGUCUAUGGAAAAUAAGAAGAAGAAGAAGAAGAAGAAGAAGAAAAAAGAAGACGAAGAAGACGAAGAAGACGAAGAAGCAGCAGCACAAGCACAAGAAAAAGAAUAACAAGAACAAAGCGACAAAACGAGUAAAAAAACAAACAAACAAAAAAAAACUUCCGUCCUGAUUUUUAUUGUAUCAGAAUGGUGACGCGCAGUAUCUUACUCUCUCCGGCCAGAUUAGUUUUUGUUUUAAAGCAUCCCCCCUUCCAGUCUGGAUACUGUGCGAUUCACAACAAAACACAGUAUUCCACCACUCCAAGUCCAACUGAAAAGACAUUCCACAAGAUCCUAAUCGCAAACAGAGGGGAGAUUGCUUGCAGAGUGAUCCGGACAUGCAAGAAGAUGGGUAUUCGGACUGUUGCUGUUCAUAGUGAUGUAGACUCCAAUGCUGUUCAUGUCAAGAUGGCUGACGAGGCAGUGUGUGUUGGUCUCGCCCCCACUACUCAAAGCUACCUCAACAUGGAUGCCAUUCUGCAUGCUGUCCGACAGACUAAAUCCCAAGCUGUUCACCCGGGAUAUGGCUUUCUUUCCGAAAACAAAGAAUUUGCAAAAAGACUAGCAAAGGAGUCUGUGGCAUUUAUUGGCCCUGACACUCAUGCCAUCCAAGCAAUGGGAGAUAAAAUUGAGAGCAAACUAAUUGCUAAGGCAGCAAAAGUCAACACUAUCCCAGGAUUUGAUGGAGUGGUCAAGAAUCCUGAGGAAGCUGUCAAAAUUGCACAAAAUAUUGGCUACCCAGUAAUGAUCAAAGCAUCUGCAGGUGGAGGAGGGAAGGGAAUGAGAAUUGCGUGGAAUGAUGCUGAAACAAGAGAAGGCUUCCGUUUUUCAUCCCAGGAAGCAGCAUCAAGCUUUGGAGACGAUAGGCUUCUUAUUGAGAAAUACAUAGACAACCCAAGACACAUCGAGAUUCAAGUUCUGGCUGAUAAACAUGGUAAUGCUCUGUGGUUAAAUGAAAGAGAGUGUUCUAUCCAGAGGAGGAACCAGAAGGUGGUGGAAGAAGCACCAAGUGCUUUCCUGGACGCAGUGACAAGACGAGCAAUGGGUGAGCAAGCAGUGCAGCUUGCCAAGGCUGUGCAGUACUCUUCUGCUGGUACUGUCGAGUUCCUGUUAGAUUCUGCAAAGAAUUUCUACUUCCUGGAGAUGAACACACGACUGCAAGUUGAACAUCCCAUUACAGAGUGUAUUACUGGGCUUGACCUGGUUGAACAGAUGAUCCGAGUUGCCAAGGGUUACCAACUGCAGCUCAAACAGGAAGAUAUCCCAAUCAAUGGCUGGGCCUUUGAGAGCCGUGUCUAUGCUGAGGACCCUUACAAGUCAUUUGGUCUUCCCUCCAUUGGGAGAUUGUCCCAAUACCAAGAGCCAACCAGUCUAAAAAAUGUCCGGGUUGAUAGUGGCAUUCAGGAAGGGAGUGACAUCAGCAUCUAUUAUGAUCCUAUGAUUUCUAAGUUAAUAACCUAUGGUGCUACCAGAGCAGAAGCCCUUGCCAAGAUGGAGGACGCUCUGGAUAGCUACGUUAUCAGAGGUGUAACCCACAACAUUCCUCUCUUGAGAGAAAUAAUCACCCAUCCUCGCUUUAUUUCUGGUGACAUUAGCACCAACUUCCUUCCAGAGAUUUACCCUGAUGGCUUUAAAGGUCAUCAGCUACCUGUGGAACAACAGCAGGAACUGGUAGCAUCUGCAGCAGCUCUGUACAUCACAGCCAAGCUCUGUUCUCAGAAAGUCCUUGGAAAUUCUAGGCUGGCCUCAAUCCCUAUUGAGUGUAGUUGCUGGGAGCUACGUGCACAGCUGGAAGAACGAUGGCAUGAAAUGAAAGUUAAUAAAUUCGGAGAGAUAUAUAUGGUGGAAGUGGAAGGAAAACUGGUGGAGGUCCAUGGACAGUGGAAUUUGGCUUCCCCGCUGUUGCCGCUCACUUUGAAUAGUAAGCACAGAAUGUUACAGUGUCUAUCCCGAGAUGCUUCUGGUCUCAUAGUUCUGCAAUACCUGGGCACAUCGUAUAAGGUUCGCAUUUUAUCCAAGUUGGCUGCAGAGUUGAAUUCCUACAUGCCAGAAAAAAUUCCUGAAGACACGAGCAGUAUCCUGCGUUCACCUAUGCCUGGCACAGUGGUGGCAGUUACUGUUAAGCCUGGUGAUAAGGUUGCACAAGGCCAAGAGAUCUGUGUGAUUGAAGCUAUGAAAAUGCAGAACAGUAUGACCGCUGUAAAACAAGCAAAGGUAAAGCGGGUCCAUUGUAAGCCUGGUGAGACAGUUGGUGAAGGAGAUUUGCUUGUGGAGCUUGAAUAAAUCAGAACAUAGUAUUAUCAAAGAACAACGUAUUAUCCCUCUCAAUAAUGGAUGAUCAAUACUGGAAAAAAAUAACUGUACCUACAGUAUGAUCAAUGGACCACAGUGUCCCCCGCAGAGAUUGAUGUCCUCAGUGCCUGAUCAUUGAGCUUUAUCAACAAUAUAACUGGAGUGUGAAAAUUCUUGUUCUCAUGGAUUUCUUGUUGGGUUUUCAAGCUAUGAAAAGUUUUUCUGUUUUUGUUAUAUACCUAGAAUAAAAUGUACUCACUAGUUUAAGAUGUUUUCAUGAAAUUAAAGCCUGAUGGAGUAA